AUGGAGACUGUACUACAAAGGAGCCAUAUGCGCUCCCACUCGACAGUUAUUCAACUAAACGCUACCCCGGCUCCCAAAAAGCAUGAUUACACUGGAAUAGAUCCCAAAAAACCUAAAGCAAGAGAUAGGGAUUUGGAUAGUCUAAGUGAAUCCGAACUGGCAUGCAUCCGCAGCUUGUAUCAGUCAGAUUACACCCAACACAAGGCCCGAAAUCCUAAGCGAGUUACUGGCACUUGCGAGUGGUUCUUAGAGCACCCAAAAUAUACGCAUUGGGUAGAAAAUAAGAACUCGGAUCUGCUCUGGGUUUCCGCAGAUGCUGGUUGCGGUAAAUCCGUACUCGCUAGUUUUCUUAUCGAUCACCUCAGCAGUGGAAUCAAAAAGGAAGACACGACGCUGUGUUACUUCUUCUUCAAAGACGACAAUUCCGAACAGCGCACUUCGGCUGCGGCAUUUUCAGCAUUGCUACACCAGAUAAUAGCGGAUGAUCUGGGCUUACUUACACAUGUGCUUCCUCAGUAUCAAUUAAAGGCCCAACAGUUUUCUCGAGAGUUCAUGAGUUUGUGGAGUGUGCUCAAUGUAAUAACGUCAGACUCCACACGAGGAAGGAGUGUAGUAUGUAUACUCGACGGUCUGGAUGAAUGUGAAGAACAGGAUCGUAUUCAGCUCAUCAAAGAAUUGAGCAAGCCGUAUACUACUUGGCCCAAUGAGCCUACCGAAUCUAAAUACUCGCUCAAAUUCCUGAUUACUAGCCGUCCAGGAAUGAAACUGGAAGAUAUUCUUUUCGAUCUUCCAAAUAUCCGACUGCGGGCUGAAGACGAAACUCUGGCAAUAUCUCGAGAUGUUGAGUUGGUAGUCCGCGAGACCAUUUUACAAAUCGGUCGCCGAAGAAGUAUACCACAAGCACAGCAAGAGGAGUUGAUGAAGCAGAUAUUAGCCAAAUCUGAUCGGACUUUUCUUUGGGUAAAUCUAGUUUUACAGCGUAUUGAGACCAGUGGUCGUUUCACUCGCCAAGCUCUGAAGGAACUGGUUGAGACAUCACCACCGGACUUGGAUGGUGUGUAUGAGAAAAUUUUGCGAGAGUCUACUAAUGAUCAAUACACGCGAAAACUUCUGAAAAUCGUGGUGGGAGCCUUCCGACCUCUAAGUUUGACUGAAGUCAACACUGCACUGUGCAUCGACCCACGCAACACGACUGAAUCAGAUAUGGAUUUAGAACCUCGUAUUGAGGCGACGAUUCAGGUUCUGUGUGGCGUUUUCUUAAGAAUAAAUGAUUUCACACUCUAUCUAGCUCACCAAACCGCUCGUGAGUUCCUCUUGCGCCCGUCAAGGGCCUCUUCCCCGGAACAGCAAAUUCCUGGAAUCUGGAAGCAUUCAUUUGAACCGGAUGAGGUGCACUACCAUCUAGCUAAAGUGUGUAACUACUACCUGCACUUUGAUGAAUUUGAAAAGACACCCUUUAUUGGAGAUCAUAACAUUGGUGACGCUUUCAAAAAGAAAGCUGCCGACGACUACGCGAACAAGUUCAGUUUCCUUUAUUACGCAACCAGAUACUGGGCAGACCACUUCCGGAAAACGUCGAUUUCGGAGGAUGCAGCAAAUCUCGAGGCAUUCCUCUGGCUGUACGAUAUAAAUUCAAAUCGAUUCAAAACUUGGUAUACCAUGUUUUGGGUCCAGGUAUACGAAUAUAGCUUCGGUACCGUACAGACGAUGCCAAUAGUUGUCGCAUCAUAUUUUGGGCACACAGCAGUUGUUCGAAAUAUGAUCAAAAAGGGUUCAUCCCGCAUGUCUUUCUUGAAAGGCCUAUUUGCUAAACCGGAUGAAAUGCUUAUAAACCAAACAGACAAUGAGCAGAUGUCAGCGCUUACAGAAGCAAGUCGACAUGGCCAUCUAGACGUUGUAAAAUUGCUUUUAAAACAGCCAGGUAUCGAUGUUAAUCACAGAGACAAAAUGCGCAAAACACCAUUUUUACGGGCUUGUGAAGUAGGAAAUCUGGACAUCGUCAAACUUUUUCUCGCUCGACGUGACGUCGAUAUCAACGCUUGUGACGAUCGUUGUCAAAGCUGUCUCUCAUGGGCUUGUGGAAGUGGCAAUGUGGAUAUUGUACGCCUUCUUCUCUCAAGACCUGGAAUCGAUAUCAACAGGAAGAAUGUACACGAAGGGAAUGCGAUGAACUUUGCUGUUGGAAGUGGUUCAUUAGAGAUUGUUGAGAUAUUACUGAAUCUCAAAGAUCCACCACUGGAAAUUAACUAUAAUCAUCCUACUGAGUCUCCUAUUACUCUGGCUGCGAAGCUCGGGCAUACUCGGAUAUUUGAUCGUCUUGCGCGAAAUGCGGAAGCAUCCAUAGGCGGUUUUAAUAUUCAGGCAGCUAUGUAUGCAGCUAUUAGCGAAGGGCGUGAAGCCAUAUUCAAAGCACUACUAAAACGGGAUCCCAAACUGCUGCACAGCAAAGACAGUGACGGCUUCACGCCCUUCGCUACAGCCUGUAAAGAAGGACGACCCAACAUAGCACGACUACUGCUUGCUGAGCCCAAUGUUGAAAUAAAUUCAAUUGACAGUUAUAAUGCAAUGCCAAUACAUUGGGCAAUAAACUCGCGAGGAGGGACACCAGAAAUCAUAUCGAUGCUCCUGGAACGGGAUAACAUUAUAUUGAACCAUAAGGAUAACAAUGGUGAAACCCCUCUCGUAGCAGCUAGCGGCGGGCAUCCAGAUAUUGUCAAGUUGCUCCUCAGUUGCAAACGACACCGUCACCAGAUCGACAUCAACUCAUCCAAUCGCGUUGGAUUUACUUCUUUGGCUUGCGCUGCCGAACGAGGACAACCGGAAGUCAUGUCCAUGCUUCUCGCGGAAGAGGGUAUUGACCUGAACGUGCAAGACCAGUGGGGUAAAACAGCCUUGAUAUGGGCUGCUUAUAUGGGUCAACUGAAAUGCGUUGAGUUGCUUCUGCAAGCCGGUGCUGAUUAUCAAAUCGUUGAUCGAGAUAGAAAGACAGCACUGCAGGGGGCAAUCGCCAGAGAUCAAAAAUAUGUCAUUACGUGCAUUGUUAAGUGGGAAUUGCGACAAGGAGGGUAUGAUGUUGACAACUUGUCAGCAGAACAGACAUCACAGUUGAGAAGUGUGUUCGAAGGAUUGAGUGCCCAAGCCAUGGAAAAUAUUGGACUGAAAGAAUUUCUUAGGGAAUUGAAUCUGUUUAUCUAA